AUGACAAAGGUAACUGAUUACACAGAUAAUGACAUAUCUGAACCUGUUCUUCUGAUCACCUUAAUAGUCCCAGGAAUUGAGUGCGUCACAGGCAUGAUUGGGAAUGGUUUCAUUUUGACUACAAAUACCAUUGAAUGGCUCCAGAACAAAAGACUGUCCACUAGUGAUUCUAUUUUGAUGAUUCUGAGCUGUUCGAGGAUUUUGCUACAAUUCUGGAUGAUGCUGGAAAAUACUUACAGUUUAUUAUUUCGACUUUCUUAUAAUCAAAAUGUAGUGUAUAAAACUUUCAAAGUCAACUUCGUGUUCCUGACCUAUUCCAACCUCUGGUUUGCUGCUUGGCUCAAUGUUUUCUACUGCAUCAAGAUUGCCAACUUCACCCAUCCCUUGUUUCUUAAGCUAAGGUGGAGAAUCACUGGAUUAAUGCCCUGGCUCCUUUGUCUAUCAGUCUUCGCUUCUCUGUGCUGCAGUCUUCCCAUUUUAAAGGAUGUCUACAAUGUUUAUGUUAACACUUCCAUCCCAGUUCCCUCCUUGAAUGCCACAGAGAACAAAUACUUUACAGAGACCAAUGUGGUGAACUUUGCUCUCAUCUACAACCUGGCCAUUUUCAUUCCUCUAAUCAUGUUCAUCUUUGCAGCUACCCUAUUGAUCAUCUCUCUCAAGAGACACACACUACAAAUGAAGAAUAAUGCCAUGGGUUCCAGAAAUCCCAGCAUGGAAGCUCACCUGAGGGCAAUCAAAGCCAUUAGUUUCUUCCUCUUCCUCUACAUUUUCAACUUUGUGGCUUUGAUCCUCUACAUGGCCAAUGUCCUUAGUACCAACAGCUUUGGAACUGUUUUGUGCAAGAUCAUCAUGGCUGCUUACCCUACUGGUCACUCUAUUCUUCUGAUCUGUGGCAAUCCCAAACUAAGGAGGACCUGGAAGAAGCUUCAGCAUAAUCUUAAAUUCAACCUGAAAGUUUGGAAAUAG